AACCAAAUCAAAUUGGGUUUUAAACCAGAUUGAAAUCAAGGCUAAAACUGCCGGCUCAAAUUAUCUUUAAUCCGAUUUAGAGCCUCACAAACCGUAAUCGGUCCGUGGCCGGGACUAAAUCCACGGUACAAAGCCGCGUUCUGACGGAAGAGAAUAAUAGAGAAUUAGAGAUUACCGUGCUUUCGGCUCUGGCGUUUUUGAGUUACCCACCAAAAAAACGAAACUCAAAACUAAGCAAAAGGAAGCCCCAAAAGGUUGUCCUUCUCGGAGACGCCAAAUCCAAAUCUACAACUUUCUGCUGCCUAAACGACGCCGCCGCUGCCGCCAUAUCUGCUUCUCAGAUAGAAGUUGUUCGAUUGACUAUGGGAGACAGCGAGAUGGUAGUUGCUGAAACAUCUACAGUCACAGAGUAUGCGACGGCUGGAUAUAAUUCUGCUGGUUAUGGAGAUACCAACUCUAAUAUUGUUCCUGAUUCUAGUAUUUAUGCCACUGAGGGUACUGGAGUUUUUGCUGCUUCUGCAGAUGCAGCUUAUAAUGUACCAGCUGCUCCUAAUUUUGCUGAUGAGAAAAUAUAUGGCACAGAUUCUAAUUCAGUCGUACAAGGGUCCCAUUUUAAUGCAAUAUAUGAGACUAAGCCAGAUGUUGGAAUGGUUGGUGCUACUGAGAAUGUAGCUGCUACGGAGAAUGCAUCUAUAGAACCAUCUCAAGCUGCUGGUUAUGAUUCUUCUGUAAAUGGCAGCAUUGGUGGUGAAGCAGUAAACAUCACAUCAGCUGAGAAUGGUACUACUGCAGAUAUUGCAGGAGGAGCUUCUGCUGCUACAGUGGAUGGUUCAGUGCCACCAAUGUCAGGCGAAGAAGAGCGAUUGUGGAGUAUUGUGAGGGCUAAUUCCUUUGAUUUUGAUGCAUGGACUGCCUUGAUUGAUGAGACAGAGAAGGUGGCAGGGGAUAAUAUAUUGAAAAUUCGAAAAUUGUAUGAUGCCUUUUUGGCUGAAUUCCCAUUGUGUUAUGGUUAUUGGAAGAAGUACGCAGAUCAUGAGGCACAAAAUGGUUCUAUGGACAAAGUUGUGGAGGUAUAUGAACGAGCUGUUCUGGGGGUGACUUAUUCAGUGGAUAUUUGGUUGCAUUAUUGCAUAUUUUCCAUAAACACAUACGAAGAUCCAGACACCAUUAGAAGGCUUUUUGAACGAGGAUUAGCUUAUGUUGGAACAGAUUAUCUGUCUUAUCCCCUUUGGGACAAGUACAUUGAAUAUGAAGAGAUGCAUGCACAGUGGGGCCAUGUUGCCAUGAUUUACACAAGGAUAUUAGAGAUUCCUAGUAAACGGUUGGAUGAUUAUUUCGCUCGAUUUAAGGCUUUUGCUGCUAGUCACCCUUUAUCAGAACUAAGAACUACCAAGGAAGCUGCUGCUGCUGCUGCAGUGCCUGUUCCUUCAGAGGGUGGUGACCAAGCUAAUGAGGGAGAAGUUCAUUCUGAUGCCACUGAACAAUCUUCUAAAUGUGUAAGUGCUGGCUUAACAGAAGCAGAGGAGUUGGAGAAGUAUAUCGGCAUUAGAGAAGAGAUGUAUAAGAAAGCUAAAGAGUUCGAUUGUAAGAUAUGUGAUUUUGAAAAUGCUAUUAGGAGGCCUUACUUUCAUGUGCGGCCCCUCAAUGUUACAGAGCUUGAAAAUUGGCACAACUAUCUGGAUUUCAUAGAAAGAGAAGAUGAUUUGAGCAAGGUGGUCAAGUUAUAUGAAAGAUGCCUAAUUGCUUGUGCUAAUUAUCCCGAGUAUUGGGUACGUUAUGUCUUGUGCAUGGAAACCUGUGGAAGUAUGGAUCUUGCUAAUAAUGCACUUGCGCGUGCAACUCAAGUCUUUGUCAAGAGACAACCAGAGAUUCACCUUUUUGCUGCUCGAUUUAGAGAGCAGAGUGGAGAUAUACCUGGUGCCCGAGCUGCAUACCAACUUGUGCACACUGAAAUCACACCUGGUCUUCUUGAAGCGGUUGUUAAGCAUGCAAACAUGGAACAUCGCCUGGGGAACCUCAAAGAUGCCUUCUCUCUGUAUGAACAGGCCAUAGCCAUUGAAAAAGGAAAAGAGCAUUCACAGGUGUUGCCAAUGUUGUAUGCACAAUACUCCCGAUUUCUAUAUUUGGUUGCUGCAAAUGUAGAAAAAGCUAGGGAGGUUCUAGUUGAAGCACUUGAAAAUUCCCCAUUAUCAAAACCACUUCUUGAGGCCUUUAUAUAUCUUGAAUCAAUUCAGUCACUACCAAAGCGAAUUGAUUAUUUAGAUUCUUUAGUUGAGAAGUUUAUAGUGCCCAACUCAGAAGGCCUCAAUGUAGCAAGUGCUGUCGAAAGGGAGGAGCUAUCUUGCAUUUUCUUGGAGUUUUUAGGGAUGUACGGAGAUGCUCAGUCUAUUAAGAAGGCUGGUGAUCGGCAUGCCAAGCUCUUUUUAGCCCAUAGGAGCAAGUCAGAGUUAAAAAAGCGUCACUCAGAGGAUUAUCUAGCUUCAGAUAAGACAAAAUUAGCAAAACCUUAUGCUGAUGCUCCUUCACCUGCACAGUCACUCAUGGGUGCAUAUCCAAGUGCACAAAACCAGUGGGCGACAGGUUAUGGUUUGCAACCUCAAGCUUGGCCGCCUGUUACACAAGGACAGCUACAACAAUGGACCCCAGGCUAUGGUCAACAGGCUGCAUAUGGAACAUAUGGUGGUUAUGGAAGCAGCUAUACUAAUCCACAAGUACCCACAUCUGUUGCACAAACAUCUACUUAUGGUAGUUAUCCUCCAACAUAUCCUGUGCAGCCGACUUUCCCGCAACAAGGUUAUGCACAAGCACAAACAGCAGCAGCAGCAACGUUGGCCCCAGCUCAGCAGCCAGCUUCUGUUCCACAGCCCUAUUAUGGAAGUUACUACUGAAUCGGCAAGACUUGGGUGUUUUUUUUUUUUAGGCUUCCCUGUCAUUUCCAUGCUAAACCUACCUGUAGCUUUUUUUUUUUUUUUUUUUUUUUUGGAAAUGUAGUCUUGUAGUUCGUACGUCAUGUUAUCCAUUGCUAUUUGUAGGUGUUUUUUUUUUCCUAUUUUCUUGCGAGAACCUUACAUUAUGCAUGAUUUAUGAUAGGUGCUUUGAAGUUGAUAUAUGUAAUGAAUGAAAGGGGGAAAAAAAGAAACUUGUCUGGGAUGUUGGUGAAGUCGAUGUUAACAUAAUCAAAUCAUUUUCUAGCUUUA